AUGAUCCGCUCUACACUCAUCAAAUUUCGUCUAGCUCCCACCAUUCGUCGCUAUAGUAAACCAGCAAUAAUGUCGUUGAAGGCAAUCUCGGCCAAAGAUGCCGCCUCACUUGACAAGGACCUUAUGGAGACUGGGGGCUGGUCUCUAGACCAGUUGAUGGAAUUAGCAGGCCUUUCUGUCUCGCAAGCCGUGUGGAAAGUACACCCCCCGAGCGCAGGAAAGAACAUCCUAGUUGUCUGUGGACCAGGCAAUAAUGGAGGAGACGGCCUCGUAGCCGCUCGACACCUAGCCCACUUUGGCUACACACCAUCGGUAUACUACCCAAAACAGGGCAAAAACGAGCUCUACCAACGCCUCAAGAUUCAACUCCAAAACCUCUCCGUCCCCUUCAUAGACGACUUCCAACCGGCCCUCAAGACAGCAGAUUUCCUUGUUGAUGCCAUUUUCGGCUUCUCCUUUGGUGGACCAUUGCGUGCUCCCUUCGGCGAAAUUGUUUCGCAGAUCGAAUCCUCCAAUGUCAAGGCGUUGAGUGUCGAUGCGCCUAGCUCGUGGGAUAUCCAGAGCGGACCUCCAAAGGAAGGACCUGGUGCGAAGUUUAUGCCACAUGCGCUGAUCAGUCUGACUGCGCCCAAGCCAUGUGUGGCAUUUUACCGGGGCAGGCAUUUCAUUGGCGGUAGGUUUUUGACGAAGAACAUUGCGGAUAAAUAUGGGCUUAGCAUGCCUCAAUAUCAAGGUAUUGAUCAGGUUUUGGAGAUUGGGGUUGAUGCGGAAGGGAGGUUGUAA